CUCAUUCAUAAUUUAUCACGAAUGAGCGAAGAACAACCAAGUCCAGUGGCUUUGGAAGGCGAUGUGUUGAGCUGCGUUGGUCGAGACUGGACGUCGCUGCCUGCGGAAGCCGGCGCUCGCUUUGGACCCAAGACGCGGAGACUCGAUCUCAGCUACAACUCACUCAAAUCGCUUGCUGGCAUCGAGGCCUUCACGAGCCUGCGCGAGCUCGUGGUUGACAACAACGAGCUGGGCGACGGCCUGGCCUUCCCUGCACAAAAAGAGCUGGACACACUGACACUGAACAACAACCGCAUCACCAACGUCGACCAACUGCUCGAGACCCUUGUCAAGUCGUGCCCCAAGCUCACCUAUCUCAGUUUGCUCGGCAAUCUCGCAUGUCCGAACGAACUUGUAGCCAAGGACGAGGAGGACUAUCAGCGUUAUCGGUACUAUGUGCUGUACAAGUUGCCAAAUCUCAAGUUCCUGGAUUCGCGCACAGUCACCGCGGCAGAGCGAGCGGAAGCCAAGCGUGUUGGCGCCUUCAUGCGUGUGGUGCGCCCUUCAGACGAAGAGAUUGCUGCAUCCCAACAAUCCAAGCAAGUAGUUGAGCAGGACUCGGACAACAACGGGGGCGACUAUCAGCCGCUUCCCGACGACUUGGCACAGGAAGGGCAGAGCCGAUCGACCUUUGGCGUCUGCAAAUACGUCUAUUACGGCCGACACUCGGAGGGCAACCGCUUCAUUCGCAACAAUGACUUGUAACCCCUAUUUUUUUCGCUUUGGCUCUUGAGCGUGCGCCCUCUCUGCUGUGUGUGCGGGAGUGUUGGCAGAGGUGGCGCUUAUUGGCUGCUGCUGCUGCUGCUGCUGCUUUUUGCUUUUUGUCUUCUUUGUGUUUUGGUGUUUGGUUGUUUGGUUGCCUGAUCACAUGCGAGUUUUUCGAAAUGUCUUGUUGUUCUUGCUUUGCUUUGGACGAACAUUGCAAUUUGCAUUUGCGAACGCGCCAACCAUCUUUCCCAUGUUUUUUUUUUUGAACCGUUUGCUUCGAAGCCAGAUCGUUGCGCUUUGUAUACUCGCACAAAUACCACCAUCAACGC